GCAAACCUUCCAUCGCCACUCCUGCCAAUGAACUCCCUGGCAGUACUGACGUGAGCUUCCCAGUUGAAGUUCGAGGCCACAGAGUUACAGUGAACGAGUACAAUGAGCUUCAAACAUCCUUUGUCGCAGCCGGCCGAUAUCUCAUUGCGUUCGUCAACCCAGGCUCUGGCGAUCAGAGUGGCAAGCGGUUCGAGAGAUUGUUUGAAGCACUGCUGGGUCAAAACGGGAAGAUUUGCAAGCUUCCGUUUGAUUUAGACUCUGGGCUUGGCCUGGCUGGUGAUCUUCUUCGACAGCAUCGGGAUGUGGCCAUUCUAGCAUGUGGUGGUGAUGGCACUGUCACAUGGAUUUUAUCCGAGCUGAAUGCAAGGCGAGAGACCGCCUUCAAAGAUAUUCGGCUACCACCUGUAGGCAUCAUUCCCUUAGGCACUGGCAAUGACUUAGCCCGGUCUCUCGGAUGGGGCCCUGCCCUCACAGACAAUUUCCAGCUGCUUUCCUAUGUGCAGCGGGCUCUCAGGGCAGAAACUGUCCUGCUCGAUCAGUGGCAGCUCACCCUGAGACCGACCCACCUUCUGCCUCCGUCACUUCGCCAACGCGGAACGGUGGAGUUUGUCGGGUAUUUUACGAAUUACUUUUCCGUGGGGAUGGACGCGCAUACCGCAUACGAAGUCGGCAGAGUGCGGUCCUCCGCGCUGGGCAAGUGUUGCUUCAGAACGCGUUGCUGCCCGCCUUGCCGAUUCCUUCACGGGGGCUUGCUCUGUUACGCUCUCAAUGGGCCCAACUGUGCGAGAUGUUUGUGCUGCCGCACCCGUGCGCUGAACGAGGAUUUAGAGGUCAAGUUUGAUGAUGAUCCGGGUACAAUAACAUUCCCAACGUCCAUCCGUCAGUUUACACUGACGAACUUGAAUUCAUAUGGUGCAGGCAUGCUUCUGUACGGAAGCGAGACGGUCAGCAGUCAGGUCAGCCCGAACGAUGGGAAGCUGGAGGUUUUCACCAGACACGGUCCCUACGCAGUGAUUGGUAUGACCCUUGCCAAGAAAGUGCUGAAGGCCCCGUGUGGCAACGUCGAGAUUGCCUUCCAACCGCGGAGGGUGGAGAUGCGGCUGAAGAAAGGGCAGCAUUUCCAGAUGGAUGGGGAGCCGUGGGUUCUGAACGCUGCAUGCACGGCGGUGAUUGAGAGGCAUACCAAAGUGCGUAUGCUAUGCCCACAUGAAGAAGGUCAAGGAGCAGGUGUAUGGUCCGGAUGCCAAAAGCGGCACUUCUGGAACACACGGCAAGGUUCCGCGGCAUCAACGGGCGAGCAGGAGCUCUGUGCGUCCCUGGCAUCUCAGAGGAGCACAUAG